AUGGUAUUAAAAGAUUGGAAAAUUAUAAAUAAAGUAGAAUUACUUUUUGAGUAAGGAGGAGAGUGGCAUGCUAUCAAAGCUCCAAAAUACGAUUAUAAAGGAUAGCCUAUUCAAUGCAAUGGAGAUUGUUCAUUACAUCUAUUAGGAAGGAGUGAAGCACCCAGGAAUAGAAUUGUUAGUCAUUCUUACAUUACAAUUGGAACUGGAAACACUGGAAUUUAUUUAGGGAAUGAGUACAAGACCUAUUUAAGUAGGGAUGGAGGACACACAUGGUUUGAAAUAUUGGAUGGCAUGCACAUUUAUGAUAUUGCUGAAAAUACAGGACUUAUUGUAUUUGUGAGUGAUGAAGAAUAGGCAAGUGAAAUAUUAUAUACUUGGGAUGAAGGUCUAACAUUUAAGAAGAUUAAGAUGAAUAUUACAAUGGAUAUAACUAAUGUUGUAUAUAAAAAUGGUAAGUUCAUAUUUCAUGAUGAUUUUACUUCGAGUGCAUUGAAAGGAAUAGUUGUUUCAUUAGACAUCAAUUAGAUUAUGGUUAGAGAGUGUCAAGGAUUUGAUAAUCCAGGAGAAUAAGAUUCUGACUAUGAAUUCUGGUAUCCAACUAAUUAUGCUGGAGACAAAUGCUUAUUUGGAAAAAGAGAAAAGUAUAUUAGAAGAAAGCAGAGAGCAUAAUGUUAUAACAAAGAGCCCAAUCUGCCAGUCUAGACUGAAAGUUGUCCAUGCUCAAAGGCUGAUUGGGAAUGUGAUGUUGGAUUCAAAAGAGAUGUCUAUUCUAAUUGUGUCCCAAUGAGAGAGAUCAAACCAAAACAAUGCAAAGGCACUUAUUUGAAAAGUUAGGGGUAUAGAAAGAUCUCAGGAGAUGAAUGCUAAGAUGGAGUGUAUUUGGGUCCAAUUGAAGUUAAUUGUGAAUAAGAGGAGUCAUCCACUACAAAAAAAGAAAAUGUUUCUCCAUAAAAUUAGUAAGAGAAUGAAACAUAAUAAUCAUAAGUCCCUUCUAAAAAAGUACAGAUUACACAAAAGAAAGCAAGUGGUGGUGGCAUUAAAUUUACAUACUUGGCAAUUGGAGUCAUCCUACUUAUUUUGGCAUUCUUUGCAAAGAAAAAGUACUUAGACGCUGGUAAAAUAAAAAAGAGAACUCCUGCUCAUUACUAUCCCGGCAGAUAAUAGGAGAAAUAAAGUCUAUUUACAGAACUAUGAUAAUGUACAUAUUUACCUAUAAAUUUUUGUU